CGCGGAUGUCAGUGGUUGUGUUUGUCGGCAUUUGCGGUGCAUGUGUUGUUGUUAUGUAUUGCGCUGAUUCUUCAUGAUCAAUUGGUUGUUUAGUUCAAAUUCGACCAAAUCAGCUAGGCCAAAAUGCAAGCUAUCAAAUGUGUAGUAGUUGGAGACGGAGCUGUUGGUAAAACAUGUCUCCUGAUCAGUUAUACUACAAAUGCCUUCCCUGGGGAGUAUAUCCCUACUGUGUUCGACAACUACUCUGCCAAUGUGAUGGUGGACGGCAAGCCCAUCAACCUCGGUCUGUGGGAUACGGCCGGCCAGGAGGACUACGACCGUCUGAGGCCGCUCUCCUACCCCCAGACUGACGUGUUCUUAAUCUGCUUCUCACUUGUAAACCCGGCCUCGUUUUGAGAACGUGCGAGCCAAGGUGGGUGACCGG